GAUUUCAGUACGAUUCCGUAUCGUAUCGGAUUCAUUCACUACUGAACAAGACAUUUAGCAUUUAGUUUGUAUUUGGUAAGCGUACGUUUCAGUUCUGUGGCAACUGUCGUCGGGUUAAGAACGUUGUAAACGCUUCAGACUAAAAAUUUACACUAAUACAUAAAAGAGGGCAAGAAUAAAAUAUUUAAUAUAUAUAUAUAUAUGUAUGUUUGGCAAUUAUGUAUGGAAGAUAAAGCAAGCGAGAAGUAUAAGCGGCAUAUAACAACAACAACAACAGUAAAACGUUUUUGUGAGUUCAUAAAUAAAUGCGAGUAAUUUUGUAAAAAGCAAAAAUACGACUCAGCCACGCGAUAAAUUCAAAAGUGCUUGAAAGAAAUGUAUCAAAAAAAAAAAAGUGAAUUGGAAAAGUAUAGAGCAAUACGAAAUAGUGCGCUUUGCUAAGAAUAUAAUAUUGCAUGCAAUUUAACGGUACAAAAGUGAAAAAUUUCGAUUAGCAAACCCAGCAUUGCUUAGUGCUGCAAGUUUAAAGAAUCAAAAGUGCUUUUCAAAAAAAUUGGAAUUAAAGAAAUAAGGAUUUACUGCACGCUAUUAAAAGUGUAAAAAAUAACAGCAAAAUAUAACUAAGAAAUGUGCAAAAAUUUCAUUAAGAAAGCACGACGAUUUCGUUAAAAAAUCAGCAAGCGAUAAAAAUUAGAAGUGGACAAACAUUUUUUCGAGUCUCAAAAAUUUCAAAAGGCAAACCUGCAACUGCUUGAAGCAAACGACUAAUGCUAAGGAAAAUUGUUUUUUAAAUAUACCAAAAUUUGAACCGCAAACAGUUCUAAAAAAAUAACUCAAAAAAAAAAAACACAAAAACAACAACAUUUUCGAAAAUUCUAGUUUCAAAACAGUUUUUGAAGAUCUUGAAAAGAGAAAUUGCGCGAACCAAUAAAAAAAGCUUCUUACCAGUGAUACAAAAAGCUAACGGAUAGUGGCAAUUGGUUUUUGUAAAAAAAAUAUAUUUGUUUAAAAACACAGCCAAUGUUGCAUUUUUGUGGUGUCGCACAAACAACCAAUGUUGGAUUAUAAAUUAAACCCAUACAUUUGGGGGAUACAAUGAGGCCAGAAAGAUACGAUGUUACCCCAGUUAACGCUCAAUGCCAAGAAUACUAUUUUACUUAUGGUAAUGUUUGCCUUUGUAGUUCCAGCUUACACAAAAACAAAAGACUAUGUCUUAAUGCUAACGACCCACAACGACCGAGCGCUACAUAUAAAUGACGUCGGCAAGGUGACUGCAGCUAACAUAGCUUUUGCACAGCCCUUAACCAUGGAUAUUGUUGGUGAUCCAUUCAAUGGCGAUCCAUUCUUUAUAACGCUUUAUGCUAAGCAAGUUGGGCUGUUCUUGUGUUUUCGACGUGGCAGAUUAGUGGGACUGAAACAGCUCUCGCGCGAUUGUCACUUCAGUGAGACCAUGGAACAUGGCCACUACAUGUACGCGAAUGCCUACAAUGCAACGCUGCGUGUUGGCUUCACGAAGCGCUUCAAGCCCAUCGGACCAAAGCGUCUGCAGCAUGGGCAUAUCAUCAGCAAGGACCACUUUCUCUUCGAGCGUCGUCAUUUAGCAGAUAUUAUCACUAGUAGAAUCACCGCAACAACAACAACCACCACGACCACAACCACCUCCACUACCACGACAACUACACGUAUACCCAAAGUCACACGCAUCCAACGCAACAGAAACAAUGCCCAUAACAACAACAAUAACGACAAUAGACCCCCGUUGAAGCACUCCGUUGCGCAGGAGAGCCAACAACAACAAGUACAUAAAGAAGCUGCAAAGAGUAUUACUAAUGAUAAACAUAACGAUAGACAUAGUCAUAGCGAGGAUAGUAGUGUUAAUGAUUACAAUAGCAACAACAGGAGUAGCCAUAGUAUAACACAGCAGCAAGCAGGUGGUUUGCUAGAAGAGCGUCUACGUAAGUUGCACCGCACCGAAGAGCAUCCACUGCGUCAUGAUGGCAAUACUAUUAGAAACAAAAAUCGUCGUCGUCGUCUACAGAAUCGGCGCAAGCUUCACCAACAACACAAUUUGCAGACAAAGAACCUGGUGCGCCAACAACACCACAACAGCACAAAAAUGGCACGUCGGCGUCAACACGAACGCGAACAGCUGUUACGCAAGCAAAGUCGCCACCGACAGCAACUGUUGGCGCGGCACGAACAACAUCAGCGUGAACAGCCGCCACCACCGGCGCGUGGUGCAGGCGCGGCAGCCAGUUCUACCGCCUCGACAGCGGCCUCGGCACUCACGGCUACUGCCGCCUCCUUGGUGCCUACAACACUGAUCGACAUUAUGGCUUUGUUGGCAGCAUCGCGACGGAAGCGUGGGCGGCGGAAAAAGGAUAAUGCAGUAGAAGAGAGCGAGAAUGCAACGGCGAGUGCGGGUAGUGGAGCGCAAGGCGUGACACAUGCGGCCGAUAUGCAAAUAGCGGUAGCACAAACAAAACUACCCACAAUGGAGGAAGAUGAGGUGGCUAAGAAGCAAAAGGUGGAAUGGCUGGCGCUGGAUGGUGAGGAGCAGGCGAUGGUGAGAGCGCAACGUCAAACAGCGCAGGAUGCUGUGAGGGGUGGGUCAAGUGGUGCGCGGAGUGAGAAAGUGCAGCUGGCACAUAGGCAUCGACAUCAUCAUCAGCGGCCGCAGACGCUUGAAUCGGCCGCUGAACCAGUGAGCGCAACGCAGCAUGUUGCUGAGAAGGUUGCGCAGGCGCAGGCGCAGCCAACAGAGCAACAAACAGAUGAAUACUCAAAUAGUUAUGUUAAUAGUAAUUUAAAUAGUAAUAAUAAACUAGAUACUUAUACUAAUGCUAAUAAUGGUAAUGAUAAUGAUUAUGUUAAUGCAAUACCUGCCUUGCCAAAAAACUACUUAUACGAAAAAACUCAUCAACACGCAGAUUAUGAUGUUCAUAGUCACAAGGAUGAUGAGGAUGAUAAUGAUAAUGAUAAUAAUUACAAUAACCAAUAUGCUAGAGCGCAUAGUGAAGCUGCUGGUAAGCAUGAAAAACACGAAAAGCAAGCUGCUGAAAAUGGUAGUCAUAGCGCCAACGGGCGCAGCAGCAGCAAUAGGAGUAGAAAAAUUAGUAGUAGUCAACGUAGCGAUAGUAUUAACCCUAGUAUGACUGAUUAUAGUAGUAAUGGUAAUUCUAAGUUUAGUCAACCUCAAAAACAACAGCAACAGCAACCGCAACAUCAAACGCUUAUCCAUAAUAGACUAAGAUAUCGACGACGAGCUGCUGCAACCGAAGCCACAAACGAAGCAGAGGCGACAACAGCUCAUGACGAACACGUUGACAAUAUACAUGUUGACGCGAACGACGAUGUUGCUGACAACAUUGUUGAUCGGCAUGUUGCUAAGCAACACCAGCCAGAUAAACACGCGCAGCAACAAGUAGAUUUGGUGAAAAGCGAAGAAGCUGCAGCGGAUGUCAGCACUUCCGCUGCGAGUUUCGAACACCAAACAAAAAAAUAUACGAAUGCAAAUAAAAUAACGAAUACAAAUAAAAAUACGAAUAUAAAUAUAAAUACAAAAACGAAUAUAAUAAAUGCGAAUAAAAUUACGAAUACGAAUAUGAAAUAUAAUAUAAAUAUUGAUAAAGUUAGAGAUAACGGUGACAUUAAUGUGAACACCGCUGGCGAGCGAGCGAGUGCUGUUGAAGCAAAAAUUGAAGUUGUUGCUGCUGCUGCUGCUGUUGCUGUUGCCGAUGAUGUUCACACAGCCAACCUGGUGAAAGACAAUAAUGUUAAGCGUAAUUUUUUUGGUAUACACCUGCCGUUUUUUCGUCAAUAUAGCAUCAAUAACAGCAAUAUUAACAAUAAUAACAAUAAUCUUAUGCAUUUUAUUAACAACAACAUUAAUAUGGAUGUCGUAGAAAAUAUUGAUAAUGAAGCUAAUGCUAAUCAGAUAAAUGCGAAUGCAAUUGCUAAUGCUUAUCAACCGCAACAACAACAACUCCAGCCAGCUGUUAAUAAUAACAAUGACGAAGUUAAUGUUGCUGCUGCUGUUGUUGCCGCUGGCAAUGUAGCCAUUGCUGCUCACUUAGCGCGCGCAUUCAUUAAUGAUAACGGUAACCGCGAUGUUAUUGAUGCUAAUUAUAAUAAUAAUGACGAUGAAAAUGUUCAUGCUGCAAAUAUCGAUAAUAUUAAUAAUGUUUAUGAGCAAUUGUUUGCUGCUAAUCAUAAACGUUUUUUUCGUAGCUUAAAUUAUGCUAAUACUAAUCACAAUGUGAAUAAUUAUACUGAUGAUAAUGAUAACAAUGACCAAGGCGAUGAAAAUGCUGAUGAAUGGAAAAGAAAUCAUAAUAAAUAUGAUAUGACUAUAGUACAAUACAGAUAUGUAGUUGUCUUUUACUAAAAAAAAAAAAUCAAU